CUCCUCUUACACAACCCUUUUAAAUAGCCUUACCCAUCUCUUGUUUUCUCCACCAAACCACACUCUAAUCUCAUAAUUCUUUUUUCUCCACAACUUUUCAACUCAAUAUCAUGGCAUCUGACAAGAAGAUCAGGAUCGGUAUCAACGGAUUCGGAAGAAUUGGCCGUUUGGUUGCAAGAGUUGCUCUUCAAAGAAACGAUGUUGAACUCGUUGCCAUCAACGAUCCUUUCAUCACUACUGAUUACAUGACAUAUAUGUUCAAGUAUGACUCUGUUCAUGGACAAUGGAAGCAUUUUGAACUUAAGGUGAAGGACUCUAAAACCCUUCUUUUCGGCGAGAAAGAAGUUGCUGUUUUCGGAACUAGGAACCCUGAGGAGAUCCCAUGGGGUGAAGUUGGAGCUGACUUUGUUGUUGAGUCUACUGGUGUUUUCACUGACAAGGAUAAAGCUGCUGCUCACUUGAAGGGUGGUGCCAAGAAGGUUGUCAUUUCUGCCCCAAGCAAAGAUGCACCCAUGUUUGUCGUUGGUGUUAAUGAGAAGGAAUACAAAUCAGACCUUAACAUUGUUUCCAAUGCUAGCUGCACUACCAAUUGCCUUGCUCCCCUUGCCAAGGUUAUCAACGACCGAUUUGGAAUCGUUGAGGGUCUUAUGACCACUGUCCACUCUAUCACAGCUACUCAGAAGACUGUUGAUGGUCCAUCAAGCAAGGACUGGAGAGGUGGAAGAGCUGCUUCCUUCAACAUCAUUCCCAGCAGCACUGGAGCUGCUAAGGCUGUAGGAAAGGUUCUUCCAGAACUAAAUGGUAAAUUGACCGGAAUGUCAUUCCGUGUCCCUACCGUUGAUGUUUCAGUUGUUGACCUCACUGUAAGGCUUGCCAAGAACGCAACCUAUGAGCAGAUCAAAGCUGCUAUCAAGGAGGAAUCAGAGGGCAAGCUCAAGGGUAUUUUGGGUUACACUGAAGAUGAUGUUGUAUCUACUGACUUUGUUGGUGAUAGCAGGUCUAGCAUAUUCGAUGCCAAGGCAGGAAUUGCUUUGAAUGAAAACUUUGUGAAACUUGUUUCUUGGUAUGACAACGAAUGGGGAUACAGUACCCGUGUUAUUGAUCUGAUUGUUCACAUUGCUUCUGUGGCUUGAUGAGUCUGACCUUGGAUUGCAUUUUUGUCUCGCUGAAGAUUUAUCAGCAUACUGUGAAUUUCAAUUCUAGAAUAAAAUUGUGUUGCUGUGAGUGAUGUCACUGAGACACAAAGUGUCUGCGUUUUUUUUGUUUGUAUUUCAAAUUAGUAGACGGCCUUAGGUUUUUCCUCCUCUUGUUUUAGAGAUGGAUGGCUUUUUUCAGUUUGGUAAUCAUCUUAAUAUAAGCAAUAUUUUGGUUGAUA